AUGUCACUUUUGACACCGCCAGCUCUUUCCAUCCGCUCCUAUCCUACAACCGGGGAAGUCUCUGUGGCUCUUGCUGACUUAUUUGUAACACUUUCAGCCGACGCUAUUCAAACUCGCGGUAGAUUUACUGUAGGUUUAUCGGGUGGGUCACUACCGAAAAUUUUAGCAGCCGACCUCGUAAAAAGAGGUGACGCAGUUGAAUGGGACAAAUUGACAGUAUUCUUUUGUGAUGAACGACUUGUUCCUUUAGAUCACGAAGAUUCAAAUUAUCGACUUUGUCAUGAAGAACUAUUCUCCAAAGUCCCUAUUCCUGAAGCGCAAAUUCACACGAUUAAUGCUGAUUUGUUAGAUAAUGCCGACGAAGUUGCGGAAGACUAUAAAGAUCGGUUGAUUAAUGUCUUUGCAGCCAUGAAUAGCGCCAAAUUCCCUGUAUUUGAUUUAUUGUUGUUGGGAAUUGGACCAGAUGGACAUACUUGCUCAUUAUUUCCGGGGCAUUCAAGUUUAGAGAACACAGUCGAUUGGGUAAUCUCAGAAGAAAACUCACCCAAGCCACCGCCACGACGCAUCACUCUUACGUUACCGGUCUUAAACCACGCACACAACGUUUGUUUUGUGGCUACUGGUGAAGGAAAACAAGACAUGUUGAAAAGAGUUAUCGACGAGAAAGAUCAAGAGAUUCCUAGCGCGCUCGUACAACCGGCUCACGGGACAUUGUAUUGGUUUUUGGAUGAUAAAGCGAGUGCCAAAUUAACUUCGAUUGACAAAAGCGAUCAAUAA